AUUAAUAAUGGAGAGGUCCACCUUGAAUCUGGCUUGUCUCAAAUUAGGUUGAAAAUAUAUAAAGGCAUCCUCUCUGGAAAAUCAUAUUCUUCCUUUUCCCAUACAAAUCCCUCUUCUCAUCUCAUCCCACUCUAAAAACAUCAUCUACAACUUUCCACAAUGUCUCUGUUCCAGCCACUCAAAAUCGGCAAUGUCACACUUCAAAACCGUGUAGUAUUGGCACCUCUGACACGUCUCCGUGCCAGUGAUGACCAUGUCCCACUCCCCAUGGUAGCAGAAUACUAUGCUCAAAGAGGCUCCUCACCAGGAACCCUUCUCAUCUCAGAAGGCGCUUUCAUCCGCCCCGAAGCAGGUAUGCUAUUUAAACCUACUUCAAAAAAGGCAGCCAUGGCUAAUAAAGUUGUGACAAUUACAGGAGGAAUGACAAACGUCCCCGGAAUCUGGAACCAAGCACAAAUCGAUGCAUGGAAAGUCGUUACAGACGCAGUCCACACGAAAAAAUCAUUUAUUUUCCUCCAAUUAUGGGCUUUAGGAAGAGCUGCUGAGGAACCGGUAUAUUUCCCCCAUCUUCUCAUUUGAGAUUGUUGAGUGAAAAAGAUUGCUGAUGUUGAAAAUUAGGUUCUGAAAGAAGAAUUAGGUCCAGAUGCAAAAGUUGUUAGCGCAAGUGACAUCCCAAUCUCAACACCAUCAAAGGUAAUUUCCGCCUACGUCUCUGGCACCUCAGUACCCACACCCUUAACCGAGGAAGAAAUCCAAGCCUACAUCAAGAACUACGCUCAAGCUGCCAAGAACUCCAUAGCCGCAGGAUUCGACGGUGUCGAAAUUCACGGUGCUAAUGGAUAUCUGGUUGAUCAAUUCCUUCAAGACGUUUCCAAUAAGCGAACCGAUCAAUGGGGAGGCAGCAUCGAGAAGAGAGCCAGAUUUGGUCUGGAGGUUGCAAAGGCUGUUGUUGAAGCUGUCGGUGCUGAGAGAACUGGGAUUAGAAUGAGUCCUUUCUCAACUUUUCAGAGUAUGAAGAUGGACGAUCCGAGGCCGCAAUUCUCGUACUACACCCAGGAGCUCAAAAAGCUCUCUCUUGCGUACAUUCACAUCGUUGAAGGACGAGGAAUUGGUGGUCUUCUGAAACCUCCUCCAGAGGAAUCAAUCGACUUCCUGCUCGAUAUUUGGGGAACAUCUCCUGUUCUUCUCGCCAGUGGUUUCUCGCCCGAAACUGCGAUCAAAAGAUCGGAUGACGAGACGGCCAGAGGAAGGAACGUUGCGAUUGUUUUUGGACGACACUUCAUUUCGAAUCCCGAUUUGCCAUACAGAAUCCAGAACGGCAUUCCGCUCAUUCCUUACGAUAGAAGCACGUUUUAUUUACGAAAGCAGGAGAAGGGUUAUACCACUUAUCCAUUUAACAAGGAGUUUGAGGCACGGCUGUAGAUUAGAUAUUAGACUUUCAUG